AAACUCGCUCUCAAUUUCACUAUCAAGUAGAGUUCAAUAUUGAAGGCUACAAAUGUAAAAUUUCUACGAAAUUUCAGAGACACGCAAAACAAGGUGUAUAUAUAAGGCUGGGUCUCCAAGGUUGAUUGUGUAAAUCUAGAGCCGAUAUCCAUCGGAGGCAGAGUGUUUCAAGGCAAUUAUCAGUUCAAGGCCUGUCCUUCUAGAGGAGAAAGACGUAAACGCCAGAGUUAGAGAGGUUCUUCCUUAUCCACUCAUCAACAACAUGGGUGAAGAUGGAAUGGAACCCAGACAAGAAAUGGUUGAUGAAGUCCAUUCACUGCUUCCUCCGGCUAUUAUUGAGUCGCAGACAGAGGAAUUGGAUCAGGAUGAUGACCGUGGUACUGAGCUCCGUCAUCGGCAAGUGAAAGCCAUUGGCUCAGUUUCGUCAGAGGAAAACAUGGAUGAGUUUAUCGACUAUAAUAACGAGAAUACCACGAGUAUUAAUUCCGCAAAGACCAUCGUUUCAGCACCUGCUUCUGCGUCCACAUCACGAGGUCAACUUGCAAACCUGCAGGUACGCAAGAAACGAAAGAGAGAGGUGAUAGUUAUAGAUGAUAUAGACGAAUGGUCUGCACCUUGCCCGCCUAAUUUCUUCAGCUCACCCUCGGAUGGUUCUUUUAGAAAUGAAUGGUUCAAAAUGAGAACUUUCAAUGUCGAGGAAGGUGCUGCAGCAACAGGUGCUGGUGAGAGUAUCGAUGGAGGACAAACGGUGAAAGAGAAUGGAGCAGCAGCAGGGGAUACGGGAGGGAAACAUAGCACCUCUUGUUUGCCCUGGUGGCUCAAGGGAAAGACCAACAUAGGAGAAAAAUAAAUUGCCUAUUCAUCAUUUUCUUGUACUCAAAACUUCCUUUUGUUUUUCAUUUGUCAGCAUCGAUGUUUUGCCAACUAUUUGAAUGUUUAACAACUCAAUAUCUCCUCGAGCUAUCAA